AUACAAGUUAAAAAAAAUACUUUGGGCUUCCAUAAAAUUUGUUUAACUGAUUAUUCAUUUUUCCUUCUACAGAAUUACUUUAAACAGUGUUUACUGAUGGUGGUGUAUUGACCAUUAAAUGCAUGUACACACACCGACCCUAAAGCCUCUAGUUUCCUUCCACUGUGCCCUAAUUAAACCAAAACAUACCGUUAACUGUGUUUCUGCCUGUAGUGAGUACCCCUCUCUGUGCUUCAUUUAAGAGCAUAACACACUACAAUCUUGUUCAGAGUCUCUGUCUUCACUUCUUGCCUCCAACUGUGUCUUGAAUGCGUCGGAUGAAACUUUCAUAUCCACCAUUCCACUGAUAACUUUAUUUUUCAGAGUCACCAGUGACCUCCCCAUUUCUAAAUCCAAUGUAUUUCAUGUCCUGCUUUACUCUUUCUUUUCCUGUCAGGCGCUAUUUGAUUUUCUUGUCACCUCCCUGACCAUUUCACACUUCUCUCUGCUGCUGUGUCCUGACUCCAAAUUGUUUCUCAAUGUGGGAAUGAGUCAUGGCUUAGUCCUUGAACCUCUUCUUGUUUCUCUCCACACCCACUGUCUUUCCUCAUCAUCUCAUCUUAUGAAUUUAAACACCACUGUGUUAGGCCAUUCUUGAAUUGCUAUAAUGAAAUACUGGAGACUGGGUAAUUUAUAAAGAAAACAGGUUUAAUUGGCUCACAGUUCUGCAGGCUGCACAGGAAGCAUAGCAGCAUCUGCUUCUGGGGAGGCUGCAAGAAGAUUCCAGUCAUGGCAGGUGAAGGAGGAGCAGGCGUCUCACAUGGAGGGAGCAGGAGCAAGAGAGAGUGAGGGGGGAGGCGCUACAUGCUUUUAAACAACCAGAUCUCGUGAGAACUCACCGUGAUAAGAACAGCAGCGAGAGGUGGUGCGAAACCAUUCAACACAAAUCCACCCCCAUAAUCCAGCCACCUCCCGCCAGGCCCCACCAGUAACACUCACUGGGGAUUACAAUUCAGUGUGAGAUUUGGGCCAGGGACCCAGAGCCGAUCCAUAUCACCCACCUACCCGUCUCCAUGUCCCCUGCAGACCUGUCCCCUGACCUCUAGAAUUCUGUGUCCUUUUGUCCUCUUGGCUGUCUGCUCAGCCAACUAACAGGUAUCUUCACCAAAAGUGACUGCCUGAACUCCCCAAGUACAUUCCUCUGCGCUCCUGCAUAUCUCAGGUGAAGGUGACCCUAUACUUCCUGGCUUUAGUUUUACAUGUCAGUAUAUAUUUGAAAUAGAGAAAACGUGACAUUAAAAAGAAGUGCUUUAAUUCAUGUGAUAAAGAUAAGUUGUAUUUACUUAAAAAGAGUGAGGAAAUACAUAGUUUCUUAAAUUACUGUGAGCUGUGGGAGAAGAGUGUUUGAAUAUCUCAUCUCUACCUCGUCUGCUCCCUAGAACCUCUCUGACCUCAUCUCCUCCCUGUGUCCUCCCUGCUCCCACUGCUCCAGCCACACAGGCCUCUUUCCUGUUCCUUGGGCUGAGGUUGCUUCUGCCUCAGGGCCUCUGCCUGGGCUGUCUGGCCCCUCAGCUGCAGGUGCAAACAUCCUUCCUUCUUGAGGUCUUUGUUCUGAUACCACCUUCUCCAUUGGAACUUUUGUGACUCACCCUCCUCUCACCAUUUAACACUCCAGCCACACCCUUGCCCCUAUCCCUGGUGCGUAUUAUGCGGCUCUGUGUUUCUUUCUGGUCCAUUGUCUUCUACGGUCUACAAACUGGUAACAAUGAGGCCCCAAGGGAAGAGCAGAACUGGGAGGAUGGGGCUGUGCUAAUCUUGCCCCCUUUAAGAUGUACUCAACCCUGGCUUCACAUUAGCAUGCUGAGGCAGUUUGCAAAUACAUGUUUUGUGCCCUUUUACCACAGAUUCUACUUCCAAUAGUUAGCAUGGACUCAACCUUCAUAUUGUUUAAGGUACCCAAGUUGAUUCUAAUUUGUAUCCAGCAUUGAGCGUCAAGCCUCUGUGUCUUCUGUUUCUGAGAGCUGAGCUUAGCCUGUGAUCCACAGGGAGAUUUGACUUUUAAAGAAUUAAUUGUAUUGACUGAGAGAGAAGCUCAGAAGAGGAAGAAGCAAGAAAAGGAGUCAAGAAUGGCUCUUCCUCAGGGAUCUUUGACAUUCAGGGAUGUGGCCAUAGAAUUCUCUCAGGAGGAGUGGAAAUGCCUGGACCCUAUUCAGAAAGCUUUAUACAGGGACGUGAUGUUGGAGAACUACAGGAACCUGGGCUUCCUGGGACUCUGUCUUCCUGACCUGAAUAUUAUCUCCAUGUUGGAGCAAGGGAAAGAGCCCUGGACUGUGGUGAGCCAAGUGAAAAUAGCAAGGAACCCAAAUUGGGGGGAAUGCAUGAAAGGCGUGAUCACAGGUAUCUCUCCUAAACGUGUGGUCAAGGAAUUACCACCAAUACAGAACAGUAACACAGGAGAAAAAUUCCAAACAGUGAUGUUGGAAGGACAUGAAAGCUAUGACAUUGAAAAUGUUUACUUCAGGGAAAUCCACAAAAAUCUACAGGACCUUGACUUUCAAUGGAAAGAUGGUGAAAUAAAUUGUAAAGAAGUGCUGAUGACCCAUAAAAACAAUCUUACUGGUACAAGAGUUCAACAUAGUCAAGGGGAUGUAGAAAACAAGCAUAUUGAAAAUCAGCUUAUAUUAAGCUUUCAUUCUGGUCUGGCUGAAUUGCAGAAAUUUCAAACUGCAGGGAAAAUUUAUGAAUGUAAUCAAAUUGAGAGGACAGUUAAUAAUGGUUUUUUAGCUUCACCACUUCAAAGAAUUUUUCCUAGUGUACAAACCGACAUUUCUAGGAAAUAUGGGAAUGAUUUUUUGCAACUUUCGUUACCUACACAAGACAAGAAAACAUACAUUGGGGAAAAACCUUACAUAGGUAAUGAGUGUGGCAAAGCCUUUAGAGUGUCUCCAAGUCUUAUUAAUCAUCAGAUGAUACAUAUGACAGAGAAACCUUACAGAUGCAAUGAGUCUGGCAAAGCCUUUAAUCGGGGCUCACUACUAACAGUACAUCAGAUAGUCCAUACAAGAGGGAAACCAUAUCAAUGUGAUGUAUGUGGCAAGAUCUUCAGACAAAAUUCAGAUCUUGUAAAUCACCAGAGAAGUCACACUGGAGACAAGCCCUACAUAUGUAAUGAAUGUGGCAAGUCCUUUAGUAAAAGUUCUCACCUUGCAGUUCAUCAGAGAAUUCAUACUGGAGAGAAACCUUACAAAUGUAAUCGAUGUGGGAAGUGCUUUAGUCAAAGUUCCUCUCUUGCAACUCAUCAGACAGUUCAUACUGGAGACAAACCCUACAAAUGUAGUGAGUGUGGCAAAACCUUUAAACGGAACUCAAGCCUUACUGCACAUCAGAUAAUCCAUGCAGGAAAGAAAACAUAUACAUGUGAUGUAUGUGGCAAGGUCUUUUAUCAAAAUUCACAACUUGUAAGGCACCAGAUAAUUCAUACUGGAGAGACACCUUACAAAUGUAAUGAAUGUGGCAAGGUCUUCUUUCAACGUUCACGUCUUGCAGGGCAUCGGAGAAUUCAUACUGGAGAGAAACCUUACAAAUGUAAUGAAUGUGGCAAGGUCUUCAGUCAACAUUCACAUCUUGCAGUGCAUCGGAGAGUUCAUACUGGAGAGAAACCUUACAAAUGUAGUGAAUGUGGCAAAGCCUUUAAUUGGGGUUCAUUACUCACUAUACAUCAGAGAAUUCAUACCGGAGAGAAACCCUACAAAUGUAAUGUGUGUGGCAAGGUCUUUAAUUACGGUGGAUACCUUUCAGUUCAUAUGAGAUGUCAUACUGGAGAGAAGCCGCUCCAUUGUAAUAAAUGUGGCAUGGUCUUCACUUACUAUUCAUGCCUAGCACGUCAUCAGAGAAUGCAUACCGGAGAGAAACCUUACAAAUGUAAUGUGUGUGGCAAGGUCUUCAUUGACAGUGGAAACCUUUCAAUACAUAGGCGAAGUCAUACCGGAGAGAAGCCUUUUCAAUGUAACGAAUGUGGUAAGGUCUUCAGUUACUACUCAUGUCUAGCACGUCAUCGGAAAAUUCAUACUGGAGAGAAACCUUACAAAUGUAAUGAUUGUGGCAAAGCCUAUACUCAGCGUUCAAGCCUCACUAAACAUCUGGUAAUUCAUACUGGAGGGAACCCUUACCACUGUAAUGAGUUUGGCGAGGCUUUUAUCCAAAGUUCAAAACUUGCAAAAUAUCACAGAAAUCCUACGGGGGAGAAACCACACAAAUGUAGUGAAUGUGGUAGAACUUUUAGUCAUAAAACAAGUCUGGUGUACCACCAGAGAAGACAUACUGGAGAGAUGCCAUACAAAUGUAUUGAAUGUGGGAAAGUCUUUAAUUCCACUACAACCCUUGCAAGGCAUCGGAGAAUUCAUACUGGAGAGAAACCUUACAAAUGUAAUGAAUGUGGCAAGGUCUUCCGUUAUCGCUCUGGCCUCGCACGUCAUUGGAGUAUUCAUACUGGAGAGAAACCUUACAAAUGUAAUGAGUGUGGCAAAGCCUUUAGAGUACGUUCAAUUCUGCUUAAUCAUCAGAUGAUGCAUACUGGAGAGAAACCUUAUAAAUGUAAUGAAUGUGGUAAAGCUUUUAUUGAAAGGUCAAACUUGGUUUACCAUCAGAGAAACCAUACUGGAGAGAAGCCAUACAAAUGUAUUGAAUGUGGCAAGGCAUUUGGGCGGCGGUCUUGCCUCACUAAACACCAACGAAUUCAUUCUGGUGAAAAACCUUAUAAAUGUAAUGAGUGUGGCAAAUCUUACAUUAGUCGCUCAGGCCUUACUAAACAUCAGAUAAAACAUACUGGAGAGAACCUUACAACUAAACUCAAUGUGGAAAGGCCUUUAGACGUUGUCCUAACUUCUGGGAUCCCCAAAUAAUUUAUACUUAACUGAUAUAAUUUGUCUAUUUGUCCCUUCCCUUUGAAGUCUCAUGUGGAAUUGUAAUCUCCAGCAUUGGAGGUGGGGCCUAGUGGGAGGCAACUGGAUGAUGGAGGUGGAUUUCUCAAGAAAGGUUUAGUACCAUCCCCUUGUUGCUGUCCUUGUGAUAGUGAGUUCUCAUGAGCUCUGGCUGUUUAAAAGUGAAUGGCAGGGCCAGGCGCCUAGCUCAUGCUUGUAAUCCCAGCACUUUGGGAGACUGUGGACGGAUCACUUGAGGUCAGGCAUUCAAGAGCAGCCUGGCCAACAUGGUGAAACCCUGUCUCUGCUAAAAAUACAAAACAUUAGCU